AUGGCAGCGAUUUCUAGCUUUUCAACAUUGCGAAAGUCGCCACAAAUUCAAUGCAGAAAAAAAGAGAGAGACAGAGGGGGUCAAAACAAUUACCCCUAUAAAGUCAUUGAAAUUACUCCUCCACCCAAGAAUCUUGGCAUUCGUUGCUUUCCCUCUAAUCUGCAGUGCGGGGAGAGUGUGAUGAUUGAAGGCCGAGCUUAUACAGUUUCAGCUGUAACUCAUCGUUACCAGCUCCGAAAAGGAAAGUACGAACCUAGCGAGAAAAGGCUUGAUGUACUGUCAACUGGAAGAUACAUAGUAAAUUUGUAUUUGGAAAAUUUGCUUCAAAAAUCUUGA